AGAUUUCACUUCUCUUCCUCUUUCUCUUUCCUUCUUCUUCCAUUGCCCACUUCACUCUCUCGAGUGAAGAAGCAAAGCAACCAUGGAGGAUGAGAGGAAGAAGAAGAAAAACCAAACCCUGUAUAGACCUCUAAAACCCCCUAGAAUUGCGCGCCAUUGCUGUGCUCUCUUCUCCUUCUUCACCAUUUUUAAAACUGGACUUGCUUUUGAUUACGCUGAUGCAUUAACCAAGAGCCUCCUCUACUUCGAAGCACAGCGCUCCGGUCGCUUACCCUACAAUCAGCGAGUCACUUGGCGCGACCAUUCAGGCCUCACUGAUGGCUUAGAACAAGGAGUGGAUUUAGUUGGAGGAUAUUAUGAUGCAGGGGAUCAUGUCAAAUUUGGGCUACCAAUGGCAUUCACUAUUACUAUGCUUUCGUGGAGUGUCAUCGAGUUCCGUGAUCAGAUCUCUCGUGCCGACGAAUUAGAACACGCAUUAGAGGCUAUUAAAUGGGGGACUGAUUAUUUUAUCAAAGCGCACUCUAGCCCAAAUGUGCUAUGGGCAGAGGUGGGUGAUGGUGACACUGACCAUUACUGCUGGCAGCGACCGGAGGACAUGACUACAUCCCGCCAAGCCUACAAGAUCGAUGAGAACAAUCCCGGGUCGGAUCUUGCCGGAGAAACUGCCGCCGCAAUGGCUGCCGCAUCAAUAGUGUUUAAAAGAAGAAACCCGCAUUACGCUCACUUGCUUUUGCACCAUGCCCAACAGUUGUUUGAAUUUGGAGAUAAGUACAGAGGAAAAUAUGAUGCAAGUGUGGAGGCAGUAAAGAGUUAUUAUGCGUCGGUGAGUGGGUACAUGGAUGAAUUGUUGUGGGGAGCUAUGUGGCUGUAUAAGGCCACCGACAAUAAAGAAUACUUAAAUUACGUAAUUAACAAAGCUCAUUAUUUUGGCGGGACUGAUUGGGCCAUAACUGAGUUUAGUUGGGAUGUUAAGUAUGCUGGUCUUCAAAUUAUGGCUUCAAAGUUGCUUAUGGAUGGACACAAGGAGCAGAGUCACAUGCUAGAGCAGUAUAAAUCAAAGGGUGAAUACUACAUAUGCUCAUGCCUAAACAAAAACAAUAAUGGCAGCAAUGUGGACCGAACUCCGGCAGGCCUCUUACACAUCCGGCAAUGGAAUAACAUGCAAUAUGUUUCUACGGCAGCAUUUCUUCUGACUAUAUACUCCGGUUACCUUCAAAGCUCCAAUCAAAAGCUUGAAUGCCCUAAUGGAGUAGUGGAUCAUGAAGAGAUCUUCAAUUUUGCUAAAUCACAAGUUGAUUAUAUCUUAGGUUCUAACCCAAUGAACAUGAGCUAUUUAGUGGGAUAUGGUCCUAAAUUCCCCACAAGGGUGCACCAUAGAGGGGCCUCAAUAGUGUCAUAUAGAGAGAACAAGGGGUUCAUUGGGUGCACCCAAGGAUAUGAUAACUGGUACAGCAGCCAAGAGCAGAACCCCAAUGUCUUGGUUGGGGCAUUGGUUGGCGGACCUGAUAGGCAAGACAAUUUCAGGGACCAAAGAGGUAAUUAUAUGCAGACUGAGGCCUGCACAUAUAAUACAGCACCAUUAGUAGGAGUUUUUGCUAAGUUGUUAGAAAUGGAGGAUCCAAAAGGUUAUCAUGAUCAUACUGGGCCUUUGGUUGCUUCUUAUUAAAAAUAAAAAUAUACAUAUAUAUAAAUUGGGAUAUAGAGUGUGUUGUCAAAGCGCUCGUAGUUUGGUGGUUAUAGAUUUGAGAAGGCAAAAAGAUGGCCUCAUUCUAAGUUUAUAAUACCAAAUAUUAAGCCAUUAUUGUUCA